AUGUCGUUGCAACGAGCAGAAUCUCCACAAACCUCGUAUCAUCCACUUCCUCAUGACUCUGAUUCACGCACUUCCAUCGACGAUUUAGCCACUGAGCAGCUUGUUCUGCAUCCACCUUCACCAUUAGUCGAUGCUCGUGUCAGAUGGAUACACUUCAUCAUGGGAUGCGCCGUCCUCCUUCCAUGGAAUGUCAUCAUCACGGCAACCCCCUUUUUUCUAUCGCGAUUGGUGGGCUCCCCAAUUAAAUCGACAUUUGCUUCAUACCUCUCCACGUCUUUCAAUGCGGCAAACUUUAUUUUCUUGGCCCAUGCGACAGCAACGACCAAACAUACUAUUCCAUCACGUCAAAUUCGCAUUGCAAUAAUCUGGCUCAUUGUCCUUACCUCCUUAUUGACGUUCAGCACGUUCAUAGUACCCUCUUCUGGAGUGUUCACCGUUUUCGUUCUUUUCAACGGCGCAGCCCAGGCUACAGCUGGCGCAUAUCUCCAGACCUCCGUCAUUGCCGUGGCCUCUCUCUUUGGACCUCCAGCCGUCCAAGCAAUGAUGUCCGGUCAAGCUGCAGUGGCAGUGGCAGUGAGCGGGGUACAGGUUCUUAGUGCCGCAGCUUCUGUUCAUGGGAGGCCUUCCACAUAUGUCAGCGAUGGUUCGCCUGAGGAGAGAUCUGCCUUCAUUUUUCUUUUGCUGUCAACGAUCUUCCUUAUUUUCAGCGCGAUGACAUAUGGCUGGUUGGUGAAAACGCCAGUUUAUGCUCGUGUUGCAGCCCCCCUCGAGCAACUGCCUAGAAAGAUCUUGGACGAGGAUGCAAACUCCAGCGAACGAAUAGGGUUGGUAUCCAGCAGGCGGACUGGCUUGUCCGAUGAAAAGGCCGACGCUAUACGAGUGGCCAAGGCUAAUGUUAUUUAUGAAGUGGCGGUUGCCUAUGUUUUCGUGAUUACGUUGGCGGUUUAUCCUGCCAUCACAACGUCCAUUCAAUCAACCAAUCCAGACAUUCACCCCCUGCUGUUCAGCUCUAUCCAUUUUUUGGUCUUCAAUAUAGGUGACUUUUUGGGCCGAUACAUUUGCUCGUACCCAAUCUUUCUAAUAUGGUCGGCGAAACGUCUCCUAACGCUAUCAGUGGCCCGCACACUCUUCAUUCCAGUCUUUCUCAUGUGCAAUGUCCAGAGACCAUCUAUCGUACCAUCCCCCCCAGUCAUUAGCUCCAAUUUCUUUUACAUGGCGAUUCUCUUUGCCUUUGGUUGGUCGAAUGGCUAUGUCUCAAGUUUAUGUAUGAUGUCCGCACCAUCCUUAGAACACAACCCCAGGCUCAGAGGUCGGGUAGAAGAUGUGGAUAUCGCUGCCACUAUCGCGAGUUUUUGUCUGGUUGGGGGUUUAGCGCUUGGGAGUAUUGCUAGCUUUGCUGUUCGCGCCGCUAUCUGUAAUUGUAAUCCAUUUACGACUCAUUAA